UCCUUGUCUGGAAAGGAGGUUCCCACAGCCAUCUGUCCCCGACUGCAGUUCAUUGUCGGCCACUGCUCCCCUGGCCUAGAUCAUAGAGCUCGUCUGUCUCCUCUCAGGACCCGUCCGACGAACCCAUAAUUCCCCGCGCCGAGACAAGAUGGAGGAGAAUAGCAGCUGCAGGAGAACAAUGUUUGGGCUAUAAAGACUCAACGGAAAGAGUAAGAAGAAAAAAUAUAAAGAGAGGGAGCCAGCAGCGGUCAUGUUCUGGAUGUUUACCGUUGGCUCCAGAUAGUUUUCCUGCCUGAAGAUCACCAUGAGUAUUAUUCAAGACAAGCUUGGCAACGAGUUCCUGCGCAACGGGAGCAUGGAGCCCAACUUCGCGCCGGGCAUGAUCAUGUUCAGCCACCUGCCGCCCGUCACCAGCUUCACGCGCAUCGCCGCCCAGUCCGUCAUGCAUGACCUGCCCCUGCCGCACGAGGUGAUCCUCAAGAAGGAGCGCGACUCGCCUGACCACGGCGGCAACUUCGUCCACGCCAUGGGCAUCAAGCAGGAGAAGGUGACGGAGCACGACUACCGCUUGCCCAUGUAUGGAGGCGGCGCGGGGAAGAGCGCCGACCUGCUGGAGAUGACGCUCGGAAGCCACCAGAACCUUCUGGUGCACGACCUCAGCCUGAGCAACCAGCUGUCGGGCCGGUUGGUGAAAGAUCCCAAGGAGACCUCAGGGCGAAGAGGGCGGAGGGCCAAUGGUGACGGACAGGAGGGGAAGGCCAGAAGGAAGCGUGGGGAGUCCUCAAAGUCCAUGAUGCUGGAUGGUGAAGGAGGGAACCUUUCUCCCAACUCCAAGCCGCACAUCUGCGAGCACUGCAACGCCGCCUUCCGUAGCUCAUAUCACCUGCGCAGACACGUGCUCAUCCACACAGAUGGCACAGGUGAGAGGCCCUUCAGGUGCAGUCAGUGUAACAUGAGCUUCAUCCAGAAGUACCUUCUGCAACGACACGAGAAGAUACACAGCGGAGAGAAGCCCUUCAGCUGCGACCAGUGUAACAUGCGGUUCAUUCAGAAGUACCAUAUGGAGAGGCACAAGAGGACCCACAGUGGAGAAAAGCCAUACAAAUGUGACACCUGCCAACAGUAUUUUUCCAGGACGGACCGAUUACUGAAGCACAAAAGAACCUGUGGAGAAGCCAUAAAGAAAGGAAUGGAUCCGGGGAUGUUGGACCAGGGUGGAGAGAUGGGACAGGGCAGCUACGCAAUAACUCAGGGAAACGCGAAUGCUUCCGGGCGCAAGAGGGGCAAGUCCAAAAACGCGGGCGAGGGCGGCGAGCGCAAGAAAAAGAAGUCUGCUGAGGUGACGAUGGCGGGCGGGCUCGGCCUGCAAGACUACGCAGUGGACAUGCCUUCUGUCUCCUCCAACAGCAGCCUUCCGUGCCCCAGCAUGCAUGUCCAGCAGGGCCGCUCGCCCAAGCUCAUGUUCAAGAAGGUCGGUCGCAAGGGCGACAAGGGCGCCCACCCCCUGGGUGAGGCCCCCGGCAGCCUACACGGGCAGAAGCUUUUGCAGCAGAAGGCGAGCGCCAUGGACCUAGUCGGAGGUCCCGGCAUGGACAACAUGGGACUGCUCCAGGCACCUGGGGCCAAGCAGGGCCCCACCAGCAGCAACUACGACGAUGCCAUGCAGUUCCUGAAGAAGAGGCGGUACCUUCACGCGGUCAACAGCGACUACGGGCCGCCUGCCGUGCACAUGCCCCCGCAGCAGUCUGUCAUCCAGGGCGUGAUGGACAGCGAGGCGUCCCUCAACCUGCUGGACCCCUCGCCCUUGGGGGUGGACAUCAAGCACGACAAGUCGGGCAUCCCCGACGAGGUGCUGCAGAGCCUGCUGGACCACUACUCCCAGAAGCCUGACGGCUCUCACGACGUGCCCUUCGACCUCGCUGACCAGCACGUGGACCUCCACCCGGCCUCAGGAGCGCCCGACCUGGGCCAGGACGAGGACUCGCCCAGCUCCUCGGGCGACAAGACGGUCAUCAUGAACGAGUACUCCAAGUUCCUCCUGCAGGCCCUGGAGCGCACCAGUCACAGCAGCGCCUUCCCGCUGGGCCCCGCCGGGCCCUUCCCCAGCCUCGUGUCCAGCAGCGCCCACCCCGGCGGCUCGCUCUUCUCCGACAAGCAGGUCUACACUACGUCCCCCCUGGAGUGCGGCUUCAGCCAGUCCGUUACCUCAACCCUGCCCAACUCCUUGCCAAAGUCCCACUUCGGGAUGCUGGUGGGCUCCUCCCAGCCCAGUUUCCACCUGAGCAGCCUGGAGCCCGCCCACCAGCAGCUGACGCCCUCUCAGGAGCUCACCGACCAGAUCGAGAAGCAGCACUCCCCCGCCUACCAGAUGGCGCCCCAGGAGCUGGCCGGCCAGAAGGACCGGCAGCCCAAAAGCAGCAGCGCCGCUGCAGCCUCCAGUUACCAGCUGUCCCCGCAGGACCUGGCCCAGCUGGACCCCUCCAAGGGCGUGGACAUGCGCUCUCCCUACCAGAUCGAGAACUUCGCCCAGGCCUUUGGCUCCCAGUUUAAGGCGGGCAGUCGAGUCCCCCUGGCCUUCAGCACUGACUCUAGUGGAGAGGUUGACCACAGAAUAAGGACUCCAGUGUCAGAAUUCUCAGGGUAUACAAAUUUGUUAGCUGAUGUCAAUGAGCCAGUUAGUACAGGAUCCAAGACCCCAACAAGCCAAAGUUACAGGUGAGGUAUGAGGUCAAGGACCCGAUUGGAAGUUUUUUGUUUUUGUUUUUUUUGGGUUUUUUUUCCCCCUUCCCACCAUUCUUGUGUUUUAUUAUUCUUAUGUUUUUUUAAAGCAAGGUUAACUUUUAAUUAUUACACUGCCAUUUAAUGUUUAUACAGUAUCAUACCAAGAGAAGUCUUCAUAGACUUCUUGAAAUGCAAUUUUUUUUUCUUUUUUUAAAUCUGUAUUUAGUCUUAUAGUUUUAUUUGUAUUAGGGUAGCAUUAGGUCUGAUCGAAAAGUAAUUUUAAGUGAACAUAGAGGGUAGCUAAGGACUGGCUUGAUUAUUUUUCAAUGAACCUUCAUGUUUUAGCAAUCAGCAUUACAAUUGUAAGAUAUUAAUAACGUUAAUUAAUAAUAAAGUUAAUGGCAGGGAAUAGCCCAGAUUUGAAAUAGCAAAAAAUAGAUAUUGUCUGUUACAAGAUUUGAAAGUAUUACUCAGGAAAAAAGUGUAAUAUGGAGAAUUUUAUUAUGAGAUGCGGCAAGCACUCAUUUUAGAGGUGUAAGUUUGCAACUACAAAGACAACGCUUUGAUUAUUCCUUUACAAAUGAGUGCAACAAAUUAUGAAUCUGCUGCCUGUUCGGUUACACUGAUAACACUUUCCAUUUAGCUAUAUAGAGAUUAUGGUACUCUUCUGUCAAUGUGAAACACUCACAUUUCUUACAAGGGCCAUAGAUAUUUAUAAGUAUAUACGUAUAAGACAUUGAAUUGUUCUGGGGGAUUGCAAGGUGAGAGAGGAGGGAGGUAGGAACGUGGAGGUCCUUUCGGCUUUUGAAGAGUCAAGCAACAACGUGGCUACCAGGUCAGUUAGAGAUGCAUGCAAUGGUGUGGUUGUGAGGAUACGAUUCCCCCCCCCCCCCCCCUUAUUCGUGCACCCUGGUGCACUCAGUCCACUGGCUCACUCAGGCGUGCAUUGGCACAGUUGUCCAGCCAUCGGUGGCCCCCUUCAGUAGAAAAUGUUACAAUUUGGCCCAAGCUUAAGGCGGUUGGUAACUGUAGUGACAGGUCAGUUACACACACACACACACACACCAGGGUGGAUACCACGCCCCGUGGGAAGAGCGUUGGGCUCACCGAUGGCUGGACUUACUUGAUUUUGUUUUCCCUCCCUCUUUGUUUCCUUAAGGAAUCCAGUGAGCACUUUUUUGCCAUGUAUUUUAAAUAUACAACCCAGUCAGAUUGUGGACAGCUCAGAAUAGAAAACCGAGGCGAUUUUAAAGUGAGCUGUUUUUGGCCAGCGGGUGUGUGGGGUUGGAGAUUGGCAGGCAGUUAUUUUUCAUGGUUUGAGAUGGCUAAGGUCAAGGGGUUCGAUGAAGCACUGCUGCUGUUGGAUGUUAGCUGACUUGCAGAAGAACUUUGAAAAGAGGAUGAGGACCUCUAUUAAGUAUUAAACCAGCUCUGACAGGAAGACGAUGUAUUAAAAAUUCAGACUCCUAAAUGACACACUGGUACCAGCAUUUGUAAUUCAUAUCCUACCUCUGAGCAGGCUGAUACUUUAUUCCCCAACGUAUGCAAAACGUGUAUAUUUUCUUUGUUGCUGUUCUCAAGAGACAAAAGUGGAGGAUUUGCUAAAUGAAUACAGGCCACUUAAUGUGAAGAACUGGACCUAAACAACUGGACCUAUUUAUGCUUCAGAGAGGAAAGGAAGUUGAGCAUUAGUAUUAUUUGUCUGCAGUCCUGCGGCAAGUGAAAAUAAACGGCGAUUGCUUUGUCUUCCAGUGCUAUUGGUUCAGUGUCCCUGAAAUACAGCAGCAUUUUCUUUUUAAUUUUUCCUUUAUUCCCUUUGUAAAUUUGUUCCCUCUACCCCCCUUUGUAUGGCAGAGCCCUAAAAUAGCGAGAGACUGCAAAGCUGUAAGAUGAUGGGGAACAAUGACUGACCACUCAAACCAUGCGCUACAUUUUUUUAAAUAAGAAAUGAUAAUUAGGAUUGACCUUUAUAUACCUCAUAUCACUGUUUAAACAUAACCAGGGACACGUGUUCAUGUAUGUAGCGGAAUUACUGUAGUAUGUAUUAAACAUAUUGUAUAACCAUAUUACAUCUUUUUAUGUAAACAGUGUUUACAAUAAUGGAAAGAGAUGGAUUUGUUAAACUUUUUUUUUUUUUUUUAGCUCUGUAAAGCAUUUAUGCCAAGCAGUGUUGCAGUCUGUAAUUAUCACAUAGAAUUUCCUUGUUCAUGUUUUUUUGUUACUUGCCAUAAUGUGUUUUAAUAUGAUCUAGACAGAUAUUGUUUACAAAAUUGUACAAAAAACACUAAAAAUGUGUGUUUUUGAUUUUUCUCUGAAAUAUGCAUGAUAUGAAAGGGUUUGUACAACUUUUUUUGAUGAUUACCACAACACCAAAUUUGUAGCAGAUAUUUUGUUUCUCUUAUUUUUGUCAUUUGCUUAUUUUGUUUUAGUUCUUGUGACAUGAUUUGCAGGGCUGUACCUGUUAAAUGAAUUUAUAAAUGAUUAGAAAUGAAAACAAUAAAAAAUCUGUUAUCA